AUGAGUGGAGAAUGCUCUCUGGGCGCUCACCCACCUUAGGGCAACAUGGCCAAACGAACCAAGAAGGUGGGGAUCGUCGGUAAAUAUGGGACCCGUUACGGUGCCUCCCUUAGGAAAAUGGUGAAGAAGAUUGAAAUCAGCCAGCACGCCAAGUACACUUGCUCCUUCUGUGGCAAAACCAAGAUGAAGAGGCGAGCUGUGGGAAUCUGGCACUGUGGUUCCUGCAUGAAAACGGUGGCUGGUGGUGCCUGGACCUACAACACUACUUCUGCCGUCACAGUAAAGUCUGCCAUCAGAAGACUGAAGGAAUUGAAAGACCAGUAGAAAUUGUAUAGUUUAGACCACUGCCAGCACAUAAUAAUAAAUGGGGUAAUCUUUGUAAGAAAAUUAUUUGGCUUUGUUGCUAUUCUGACAUGCAUUAAUUUUGUUUCCCAAGCAAGUCUCAAAGACUUUACCAGUUGGAAUACUUUAAUUUUUAUUGGACUGAUAAAGAGGGAUUAUAUACUGAAGUGGGAUUAUAUUCCAGUACUUUUUUUCGGUAGUAGACUGAUAAAUAAAUAAAAAUCUUACAAAAAAAAAAAAAUGAGUGG